AUGAGUAAUCUGAUACGAAACCCACAGAACCCUGGUAUAUGGCGAGACGUUAAUAUUUUACAACAACUCCGAGGUUGGAUUAGUACUGGAGAUAUCGACAUGGUGCGGUUGCUUGUAUACCGUGGAAUUGAUAUUAAUGCUCCAGACCAAAAUGGCCGAUUACCACUGCAUCUGUCGGCUAGCAUUGGCAAUGUGGACAUGGCCCGUGUAUUGUGUGAAGGGGGUGCAGUCAUCGAAACAAGAAGUGAAAGUGGUCAUACACCACUCCAAGUGGCGGCGAUGAAAGGUUAUACAGAAGUGGCCGAGCUUUUGCUUGAAAAGGGUGCUGAUAUCGAGGCAAGCGAUAGCUAUGGCGGUUUCACUCCUUUGGGCUUAGCAGCAAGCAUGAACCAUUCUGGUGUCACUAGACUGUUACUUGACAAGGGGGCAAAUGUGGAAGCAACGAACCAGGUUGGGCAUACACCACUUAUUUCUGCUGCAAGGAGUGGUUCCGAGGCUGUGGCAAAGCUUCUACUCAAUCAUGGUGCUCAUAUCGAAGCAACCGACAAAUCAGGUGGUACACCGCUCAUCUGGGCUGCAAGAGCUGGGUCAGAAGGUGUCAUCGAGCAUCUUAUCCAUCACGGAGCCAAAGUCAAUGUAAGCGAGUACUCAGGCUUCACACCACUGCGCGAGGCCAGGAAAAAAGGCCAUGAUGCUGUUGAGAAGCUAUUGCUUAGAGCAGGUGCUAGUAUCGAUGGCAGCAGCCCAGAAUUGAGUACAUCGCUACACGAAGCUGCACAGUGCGGUUACUACGAUCAGAUGAUAGUCAAUCUGAGGCGAAACGAUGUAAAUAUCGAAGGCAAAGAUGACUUCGGGCGUACACCGCUGAUUCUAGCUGCAAGGGAGGGACAUAUGGAUACUGCAUGGUUACUGUUUAAGUAUGGGGCUAACAUGGAAGCAUUUGAUCACUCGAACCAUACUCCCUUGAUGGCAGCUUCAGACCAGGGCCGAACGUCUAUGGUAAUCAUGUUGGUGAGAAAUGAGGCAGAUGUCUUGGCGCGCGAUAUCGAGGGCAACACAUCGAUGUCUUUGGCUUCACGAAAAGGACACAUUGAAACGGUGGCAUGUUUGCGUGACCGCAAUGCCCCAGUCGAUACUUUCAACAAUAAUGGCGAGACGCCACUGAUUUUGGCUGCUAAGGGCGGUCAUACGGAUGUGGCCAGAGAACUACUUGACGCCGGUGCUGACAUGAACGCCACUGACAACAAAGGCUUCACUCCGCUUAUCACGGCUGCAGAACAGGGGCAUGUAGAAACGGUGAAACUUCUGGUUGAGCGCAAGGCUCAACUUGACAGCACAUCACAGGGUGCGCCUGCAGCUUUGAUAGAGGCCGCGAAAGAAGGUCAUGACGACGUGGUGGAACUGUUGCUUGAAGAAGGUGCUGCGAUCGAAACUAUGGAUGUUUCAGGGGUUACAGCGCUGGUUCAUUCUGUGAGACUUAAUCACGAAGCGGUAGUGGCGCUUCUUCUCCAGAUAGGGGCCAAUGCUGAGGCAGAAGAUGAGAAUGGCGAGGCUUGUUUGAUGCUAGCCAUAAAGAACUGUAACAAAGCUGUUAUGGAUCUACUCACACAGCACGGGGCCAAGAAAAGUUGGUUAUAUUACCGUGCUCGUAUGUCUUUAGGCUACUAA